AUGCCUACUGCUGUGGUGGCACUGGAUCAGCUCCAGUCAGACAUCGAUUUAUGUAAGACCCGUCUCGAAAGUUUAUCUAAACAUAAACUCGAAGAAAGACCGAACACGCGAUCCACAACCACGAAAGAGAAAGCGAAACCCAAGAUAACGGGUGCCGAGAAAAAAUAUGACGACCUGUUGCAGAGUUUCUUAGGAAACCUUAAAGACUGGUCAGAAAGGAUGAAGGUGGUACGAAGGGAUAUUGCCGUGGAGCCCAAUCAACGAAUCGCAACGGACAUGGAGAUGGGUACUCAAUCAGAAGAUGCUGGUAGUGUUCGCCAACACGAAAUCCCAGAGCCAUCUCAUGCGCGCGCAUGUACACUGGCCCAACAUGUACAGCCCUGCACAUCGGAAAAUGGAAUCGCAAACGGCGAAGCCUGCGAGGCUUCAGGUGAUAGUAUAGAUGACACUCGAGUGGAUACGACAAUUUAUGCAUCAGAUCCUGCAGAAGAUGUAUCUAUGGAGCGCGCGCCUAGGGUUGAUACUGAGCCAGUUGCUGUCGAGGCUAGCAACCGAGGCAGUCAUGCUCGCGCUGCCUCUUGCCAUCAUCCAAUCAAGCCCUUUAUUUCGACUGAGAGAGAGGAGAGGCAGACCGACAUCCAUAAUGCGACCGCGGGUCAGUUAUUGCCAGACCAUGGCAGAGAGGAUCAGGUGGAUGCUGAGCCCGCCGAAGUGCAGACUCAGCUAAGCACGGAUCGCCCUGGCCUGGCGAACUCGGACGAUGCAUCAGCAAACGACAACUCGAUGGACUUAAUUCCCCUAGGCCCCGUCCAACAAGAUGAUACGCCAAUGUCUGAGGUCGAGCCCGAGGUCACGCAACAAACAGCCAUCACCGAUGCUAUAGCGCCGAACUCAGACGAUACAUCAGCAAAUAAUAACAACAACUCAAUACAGUCAAUCACUGCCUCGGGCCCUAUCCAACAAGAGGAUUCGCCAAUGUCUGAUAUCGAGCCUGAAGUCACGCAACAAAUAGCCAUCACCGAUGCUGUGUCGCCGAACUCAGAUGAUAUAUCAGCAAACGAUAACGACAACUCAAUGCAGUCAAUCACUGCCUCGGGCCCUAUCCAACAAGAGGAUUCGCCAAUGUCUGAUGUCGAGCCUGAAGUCACGCAACAAACAGCCAUCACCGAUGCUGUCGCGGGUGCCAAUCACAGACGCCCAGCGACUCCGGGUAUAGCCAGGCCGUCAAGUAACUCAGAAGUCGGGGAAAAUAGUACGUGGUCGUCGCAACAUAGUGAUACGAGCGAAACCUUGUCCCCAACAAGCAGUACUGCAUCUGGAACCGAUAGUAUUCAAACACGCUUCACAACACCAGACUCUACUAGCAUGGGGGAGCAGGUAGAUAAGUCCCCAAUUUCAGAGAACAACACGUCGAUUCCGGAUGACCAAGUGGAUGAUCAAGCGGACGACUCCUGUUACGAACGCUAUUUUAUUGAAUCCAAAGAUACACCAACUCUCGUUCGAGAUCAACUUGGCAAGGACAUGCUGAAGACCCUUGAUGAGCUCUCAAAAUUGCCUAACUACGUAAACAAGGCCACAUUGCCUUGGAUAACAGAGAAGGCCUCGCAAUUCAACCCGAAAGACGAACUGAAGCUAGAGGGCGAUCCUGAUGUGCAGUUCAACAAGUUUGAAAAGAAGGACGAAGACGGCAUUGUUGUUUCUCGGGACGACCCAAUAAAAGGAAGAAAAUUUGAGUGGCCAGACUUCGAAGAGGGCGACUUCGUAACGACAAGGCAAGCGUCCCGCGAGCUAGCACAAUUCCUUUCCCUACCUGGUAAGGGGGUGUCCUACUUAUGCGGCAUCACGACAUCCAUCCUCUGGUCCUCGUGUCCUCUGUAUUCUGGCGAGCAACUUGAUAUUGAAGAGCUCACUCGCGUCAAUGAACCCUAUACACAUCUUGGGAAGAAGUGGUCAAUGACCCCAAUGCAUAAAGAGGAUGAUAUAUUUGGAUCUGUCAACGUCGGAUUCCUGGGCACAAAGCUCUUUCUGCGUGUCCUUACAGAGGACACGGAGAAAUUCGAGGAAUGGGUUCGUGGCAAGUACAAAUGCAAACCCUGUCCACAGUUCGUCCGCCACCUGAACAGAUUCUUUGAACCCAAGCAACUCGAAGCUCUCGGUAUACGGUUUGAACUUCUGAUCCAGCGGCCAGGAGACCUUAUCGAAACCAAGACUAAUCAAUAUCACCAAGUACUCAACCUUCAAGAUUCCUUGGCCAUAUCAAUUAACUAUCUUUUCCCUGGUAUCACGCCAAAUUUCAGGGAUGAUGACAAUCCUCUUGAGGUCUGUAAUGAGUGUGGGCUCAAAGGAUUGUAUGGGCGGCCGGGUUUCCGCGUCAAAUGGGUGGACCCUGGCGUGCCAGCCCCUGGAAUGAAUGAGGCAACAGUGAGCACCAAGAGGCAUAAACGAAAAGCUCCGCCGGAGCCACUUGACGCCGGCGCGAGGAACACACGAGGUUAUGCAGACUCUUCGGAGACAUUCAACAAAACGCUCAGAAUCAUUCGAUCAAACGCCCCCUUUUUCAGCCUCCCGUCUAAGCCAAGUCUGGAUCAGCAGCAUGUCAUGAAGCUGGCGGCAGCAAUUUUGAGCAUCCCUGCCAUUGAACAGUUCAAGGGACUUGUCAGUGCAUGGAGGAGUCGUAACGAGCACAUAGUCGUAUCGAAACAGGACGAUCGAUUGAAACRAUGUGCUCUUUAUGUGAGAAACGCCAAUGCCAAGACUGCGAUUGGCACGUUUCUGUUUCGCCACUCUCGGGCGCUCCUGGCGCGUCUAGUGGACGAAUGGAAAGAUGAGCGCUCGCUAACACGGCUGGGCAAAAAGGACAUGGCCGAUCUCCUUCAGCAACUGGAGAUGGAACACACCGAGUUUACAAAUAGCUUGCGUGAUGGCAGAAUGUGGAAUGACGUGUGUGGUCAGUACCCCGGGCUGCUACCAUUCAUUCCUCUUAGUUCUUGCCCUCCAUUUCAUAUUUCUGUGCAGGACUGGAAGCAGCUUGAUAAAGGACAACUCAAAACGCUAUAUCAACUUAUUGAAUGUGAUGACUCGAAGCGCCUAUCCGAGGCCGGGAAGGUUCUAGAAAAUAUAGUCGCAUACGACUCAGCUGUUGUUUUUAAAUGGGAGCAGGAAGAUCUGGAUAGUCAAUCGCUCUGGGGCGUGGUGGAGUCUGUUGUAGCUGACUAA